UGGUUUGCGCCAUCGCUGCGCUUGGUCGUCCUGGUGUUCGCCUGGUGCUUCUGCCCGGGCGUAGGUGGUUUUUCCACGUGGCAUCUCAGGAGGCGGCACGUCGGCGCGAGGGAUGAAAGUUUUGAUCGAAGACGCAGCGCGUUUGUUUUGGGGGCAGCUACGAUAACACAACAGACAUAACAAUUACAUCAGGAAUAGCGACAACAAUGGCAUCAACCACAACCACAUUAACAACAACGAUGGCAAAGGAGGAGGCGAUCAGGCGGGACGUGGGGCUGCAGGGCAUCAAUUGUGACCUGCGGCAUCCUGCGGGGAAUGCGAAGAUAGCUGUUUCCUCGCCCGACGAGGAGGAAGCAGCGCUGGAGAUGGUGAGAAUGUAUAAACGACAGAUGGAAGAGAUUCAUGCGGUGCUGACUCAACAUCGCCACAACCUGUCAGCGGAACUUCUGGUGGAGGGAGAGGAGAUGUUCAUCGGAUGGGAGGAGGAGCUCCAUGAAAAUCUCUCUCUCCAACGGUUGGGCUGCACUGAAAGAGCACAAGUGACGGCUGGGCUGCGUGAUUGCUCUGAAGGAGGGAUUUUUCUUGAGCUUCGGGCGGGGCUGCAUGCGAAUACACGAAUUGAUGACUUGAAACGGUGCUACGUGGAACUUGAGGAGGGGCAAGUGCUUUGCGCCAAGUCGCAGGACCGCUUCUAUGAAGAUGCCGAUGAUAUCACGGAAGAUGUAAACGAUGAGAGCCUGAUUGCCUGUAUUUCAGCUACUUCCGCCAACAAAGAUGCUGCAAUUGGCAACGAUGAGAAUAUUGAUGACGACAACAAUGACAACAACAACAACAAUGACGAUAAUCAUAACGGCGAUGUUGGGGCUCUACAUGAAGAUGAUGAGGACAACAACACCAAUAAUAACAUUGAUGAUGACAUCAACAACAACAACAACAACAACAACAACAACAACGACAAUUGCAAAACCAACAACAAUGACAAAGAUAACGGCGAGGAUGGCCAUCGAUGACAACGAUAACAAUAAGCCAAACAAC